GCUAUCCUGAAUGUGGGGGUGCAGAGAGAAGGGUCUUUGAUAGUAAGGAGAGGUACCAGGGUGCCAAGCCAGCCCAAGACUGCUGCCUCUAGGCCCACUCAGAGGCCUCCAGACCAGACAAACUCCGUCUCCCGUGGGAGUAGUGGCCUGUCGCUCUCUGCCUCUAGCUCUCACAGUGGCCGCAGAUGGCAGUGUCUCUGGGGACAGCAGCUGUGAUUGAGUCCACUGGCCAACACUGAGCCACUCAGACUGAGGCAUCUGGCUCUGUGCAGAGACUGCAGAACGGGCGUCUACGGGUAUGAGGUGAGUCUGCAGGCAUGCCGUGUUGCUUAGAGGCUUGGGAGACAGGGAGUGGGGCUCUGCAACCUUCAUACUGUCCCAGGCAGGACCUGGGCUGGAACAGGCUUGGCGAUGUUCUUAGAGACCAUCUGGCAGUGGCCACAGUCACCCAGCCAUUGUGCAUACUGAAGCCUGCAGCCCAGAGGGUGAGGAGUGGUCCAAGGUCACAGAGAUGGCUCGGGGAUGUUUUUCCUUUUUAAUUAUGCCAGUCCCCCAAGAAAUCAGGAGAAGGUCUAGGAGUCCUCUGUUGCCCUAGAAUGCAUGGACUUUUGUUGAGAGUAUUGGGAAGGCAGAGGGACCCCCAAACUCUGCACCGCAGAUCUAUGGUGUUGCCUGUGAAAUAAACACUGCUUUGUUCCAGACUCUCAUUUGCACAGUUAGGUUUUGUGCAGCCCUGCGGCCCCUUUCUCUCCCAGCAACAGCACCCAGCAAUUCUGCACUCUUUACUGCCUCUCCAGAAAGGACGAUGCGACGAGGUGCUGGGUGCUGCACCGCGUCCCCACCUCCGACGCUCUAGUCCUGACUCGAGAUGCCAAAGCCGGCGCGAUGCCGCACUUUCUGGACUGGUUUGUGCCCGUCUACCUGGUCAUCUCCGUCCUAAUCCUGGUGGGCUUUGGAGCCUGCAUCUACUACUUCGAACCUGGCCUGCAGGAGGCGCACAAGUGGCGCAUGCAGCGCCCCCUGGUGGACCGUGAUCUCCGCAAGACGCUGAUGGUGCGGGACAACCUGGCUUUCGGAGGCCCAGAAGUCUGAGGCUGCCUUGAGACCCUCCGAGCUGACAGAGGACGACUCCUCUGAUCGUUCUUUCCAUCCACCAAUCUGCAGCCCAGUAGAGGUCCUUGUUGUUCAGGGAAGCCCCUUUCUGUAGAAACCAGGCACUUGGAUCUUACUUAUUGCUGUGGGAUCAAAAUCCCAGAGUCGAGCCCGUUCACCCCAUGCCUUCCCUUCCUAGCUCUGGGGACAUCCUCCACUAGCCCUCAGUGCCUUUGUGCUGUCCUUCCCUCUGCCACUCUACCUGGAUUCAGGUAUGACUGUCCCACUGCACUCCCGGUUGCUUUCUGCUCCGGUCUCUGCCUCGCAGCUGAGCUGGACAGCACUCAAAGCUGACCCAAGGAAAAGAAUCUAAUUCAGAAGGAUGCCAGCUUGGUAUCGAUCUGCCCCGCCCACCUUUGAGGGGUCAGGUUUAGAACAAGUGUAUGGUGGGGGGCGGUGCAGAAGGGCAAGACUUUGUGAAGGGUGUGUGUGUGCGUGUGUGUGUGUGUGUGUGUGUGUGUGUGUGUGUGUGUGUGUGUGAGAGAGAGAGAGAGAGAGAGAGAGAGAGAGAGAGAGAGAGAGGGAGAGAGAGAGAGAAAUCCCAGGCAAAGCAGGCUCUGGGGGACAGUGGGACAGUACACAGUAGGUUCCACCCUUUCUCUAGGCUGCCCAGGCUCUCUUUCUGUCCCAUGCUGCACUUCCAGGGUUGAGCUUAGCCCUGCCUGCCCAACCCGGAAGCCCCUCCUGUGUGGAGGUUUCAUUACUUGACUUUGCAUACAAAUUGGCAGCCUCCCUCCCUCUCUCCUGCUGAGGCUUCCAUCUUCAUUUAUGCAAUACUAAUAAAGGUUUCAUGGCCA